UCCAGAUUCCCGUUCUGACCACUCAUACCUGGGUACUGACACAGGAGCGCCAGCACAGGUGUCGGAGAUGAGCCCCUCGAUGCCCAUCAUCGGGACCCUGUCCUGGAUCUUAAUACUGCCGACUCUUCUACAGGCCACAUCUCUCACAAAGCUCACUAAUAAAGCGUCCGGUCAGCCUGUGAAUGCAGUGAGCAUCGACACCGCCCAAGCCAACAGCUUCCUCGCCCACUCACGGCCCCGACGCGCAGGAGACCCCAAAUGGUACCAGAAAGACCCCGACUUCCAGUCCUACUACCGUUACUACAGCAGCAUCGGACACAUGGAGGGGCUGUACGAGGUUGACAAGAUCAGGAUGCUUUACCAGCAAAUGCGCCACCUAGAGAACACCUACGGCCCGGACGCCUCCAAAUACCAGAACGUUCUUGGCGUUCGGCUUCCCAAAAGCACUUCUCCACCUCCAACCACCAAGCCCCCACCACCCCCCACCACUCCUCCUCCAGCUCCUGCCCUGCCGCCUCAAUCUCAGGUUGACGUUACCUACCUGUGCAACCCCAAAGACCCCCUCUGCAAGCCUCAAAUAGUGUACCUGCCCACCGGGGCGGUCCCUGUUCUCUGUGAUCCACGCUACCACCCAACGUGUAAGCUAACUGCGGCUAAAGAGGCCCCUUCUGCCCCCGUCAAGCCAGACGCCCCCGUCCCCCCGCCGGCUAAAAAACCCGUUGCACCUCCACCCCCACCUCCGAUAAUCGUCAAAGGAAUGGAGUAUGACUGUGAUCCCUACUGGGAUCCGGACUGUCUGAUUGACAGCCCGCCCCGACCUGUGAAAGUUAGCAAGCCUGCGUUAGCGCUGCCCACAAAAGGCCCGGUCAUUCAGAAGGCAGAGAAAGAGCAUGAAGAUGACGAUGACAAUCCAGCACCAGAAGACAAGAGCAGCCUCUACUACGACCCCUUCGAUUAUCGCAGAGAUCUUUACGACCCAUACCUUUACACUAAUCCAGCCGAUGACCCUCAGUAG